AUGAAGCAUACAGGAUGGAACACAACGGUCGCCGACCUCCCUCCUUCAUACUAUUCAUCACUGGUUUCCAACUACAACGAUGUAGUGAACUUCUUCGAACGUCACGAUGUCGAUCACUCACGUUUUGUUGUCGACGUGGUUCGAGAUCUCCUUCAACAACUAGCCGGUGUUGCACACGAUUUCGAUGAAGCAUACAGGAUGGAACACAACGGUCGCCGACCUCCCUCCUUCAUACUAUUCAUCACUGGUUUCCAACUACAACGAUGUAGUGAACUUCUUCGAACGUCACGAUGUCGAUCACUCACGUUUUGUUAUAAGGCACCUCCACGGGUGUUCGUGCACGGUGAGCCGUACGCCUCCAACAUCUUCGUCGUCAACGAUAGCAACAAGAUUGCCGCUGUGAUUGACUGGACAGAAAGCCACUCCGGAAGUUUUGGUGAAGAUAUCGCCAAAGCAAUCUGUUGGAAUCUCAGUACAAAAGACCGCCUUGAAUGGACAAGUGCGCUCCUUGAGGAGUAUCACGCCUGUCUCGUGUCGAGCUCACCGGAAGACUGCCCAGUAGCGCUGGAGAAUGUCAGGAAGGCGUACGAUAUGUACGUGCCGGUAGCCAUGGUCACUCUACUCUUCAAGGUGGUCGCCAUGAAAAACAAGGAAGAUAUCGAGCCUCUCAUCGACCGAGCAAAGGGACUUGUUGAAAAUGUUUAUACUAUGACCAAGUUGUUGGAGAAAUGA